GUGGUUGGUUAACCUACUCUGCUAUACGUGUAUAACAUCUAAUCUUCGGCACUUGUAAUUGACCUAACUGUGCUGCAAGUGCCGUACAACCAAAGAUUCUCUACUACCACGAUCUUUGGUACAACUUUUACUAAAACUUAAAAACAAAAACUAAAAACACGAAACACACUGAGAAAUUACACAGCCGAACCUUUGUUCCUUUCUGUGCAAAGAAACUCAAUCACAUUAUUUUUUGUACUUCCGAAAAAGGAAAUGUGUUACGUCAGCCAAAUAAGUAUCUUGUGCCGUCGUCAAUGUCAAUAACACUGUGUCAUGCACACUGCACAGCGGAACGUAAAAACUAAAAAUUGCUUCACCUUACGCCUAUCGCGGGAACCUCGCCGAGUGGAUCAGUAUCACAAAGAAGAUUUUAUGUGUGCUAUUCCAAGCGUGUGUGGGGCUGACGCCGACACAUCUAGUAUUAUAAUAUUAUUACAGGCAAUAGCACAGUAGUGAAACUACGACAGUUAUACUUGUAGUGGCUGAUUUGCAUUUCCUACAUUAUUAUUGUUAUUAUUAUAAUAAUUGUGGCGGUUGUUGUGCUAGCGAGGGGGAGCGAAGCAGUAGUACGUCAGUUGGACUUGUUCAUGCUAGUAAUCUUCUUCGUGAGGAAUCAGUUACAUCUGGACUGAAGCGACCAACGACCGGUCAAUAAUUGUUUCACGCACACAUCAGUUUUGACCUUCACGGGCAAAGUGUUUAGAGUGAUAAGACGUCUACAAUUACGCCAUGAUACAAGACAGAGAUGUCCUCCUGCCCAAGAGCCCUAGUGUUGGGGGCGAGAUGGGCCAGUACGGACACCACCGGCACGGCCUGACCGUGUUGACUACUGCUGUCUUCGCUGUGGGGGAGAUGGCCGGGGCUGGCGUGUUGGCGCUACCCUUCAGCAUGAACGGCACAGUCGUGCUGGGGAUGUACCUGCCUGUGGCUAUCGCCGGCUAUGUUGUGUAUGGCUCCAACGCCAAGUCCAACAUCCUGAACACUGUGAGUGCAGGUCCCAUGUUGUACAUUGUACAAGUCCUCAUCACGCUCCAUCUCUUCUGUGGCUUCAUCAUCGUCAUCAACCCUGUGUGUCAGGAGCUGGAAGAGUUGCUGAAAAUACCCAAAGAAUUCAACGUCCGUCGAGUGAUCUUCCGCACCAUCAUGGUGGGCGUGGUUCUCUUUGUGGCAGAGUCCAUCCCGCAGUUUGGCCCCAUCCUCUCCCUCAUCGGAGGCUCCACCACCACCCUUCUGGCCUACAUUCUGCCCCCUCUAUUCUUCCUGAAGCUCUGCUAUAUGGAGGGAGAUUGGGACAAAGU